AUAUGCCAGGAUUCUUGUCCAUCUCGUGAAGAUAAAGAGAAGCACGAGAAUCAAAUGAAACAUAGGAGAAAACAUCUCGUGUACGAAUUUUUCGCCAAGGAAAUUCCAAAGUUUGGCCCUUUUAGUGGUCCUUCAGUCCUUUUGAAGAGAUAUACUGCCUGCGGUGAACAAGUUGUCGGUCUGGAAUGUCUUCAUGAACUCCAUUUCUCGUUCAGUGCUCAACCUUGGUGGGCAUGUUCCAUAUGCUACGAAUCGGGUGCUCUAAUGGAGCACGCAGACAUGCACCUCACAUCCAUGAGCCAUAUAACCACAUAUCUGGAUGAGUUCCAUUCACCAAAGACCUCAUCACUGCAAAUGGAUGGAGAUAGGCAUGAAGUACUCGAAGAGAUAAGACGAAUUUGCGAUGCUGUCAUUGAAGAACAAGUGGUAAACAAGCCAUUGUUAGCCAGACAUGGUGGAAAUGUAGGAGUGCUUUUUUUGUUUCACAAGGGUUGUCCGGAUACAAGUUUUCGUCAUGUUGGGCUAUUCUGA